AUGUCAAGACCAUGGCAAGACUUCCAGCCUCGCAGACCCUCACCAUAUCAUUAUGUGGCUUCUGACCAUGCACCAGAAGUUUACGCUGGCCCCACAGAAUACAUGGAGCCUGGUGUCAGGGGCUUCUUGGUGAACACUUUGUGGGGCAAGGAAGAAAUUGGCAUUGAUGAUGCAAUGAAUCUUUUAAGGCAAGCCUCAAUCAAGCUGUAUGGGGGAAUCAAGCCAAAAACGAAGAAGGCGAUUGCUACUAAAGGUUAUGUGAAAAUUGACUUCACGGAUCCAGAAACUGUGACAGUCUUGCCUACACCUGAAGGAGAAGAGGAGGAGGAGGAAGAAGAAAUUGAAAAGGAGCAGGAAAAGGAACCUGCACAGACAAAUGGUGCCGAACCUGAGAAGCAAAAUGGCGGCAGUAAGACUGAACAGGGAGCAACAGAUGAGAAAGAGGCUAAAGAGGAAAAGGCUGCAGAUGUUGCUACUGAGGCUAAGAAAGAUAAACCAAAAAUUGAGAGUCAGGAUGCUCAAGCAGAAAAACCUGUUGAAGCUUCUCCAGACAAACAGAAAAAUGAAAGCCAGGAUUCACAAGCUGAGAAGAAAACUGAAGCUGGUCAAGAGACUAAGAAGAGUGAAAGUCAGGAUCCACAGGCUGAAAAGACCACUGAAGCGGUUCCAGAAAAAAAGGGAGAAAUACAUGAAGUGCAGUGGAUGAGGAGCCCUUACAAGUUCAAGGCACUCCGAACAGAGAUUAGAAACUUGAUGUUUAUCAGGUCUAAUGUACCAGACCCUGUUCAGAUUGCUAAUGCUGCCAUGGAGAUCAUCAUCAGUCGCAGAAUCAUUGAAGGAGACGCAGUGCGCCAGUUGCUGCCAGUAGUAGGUGUAUGCCUGAAUGAUCUCCACCAGCUGGAGAUAAUGGUGCGACAUGUUGUUGGGCCUCUGUUUGAUGAGGCUCAUGGGCCCAAGGGAUUCAGCGUGUUCUUGCUGGACAAGUUAUCCGAGCCUGCAGCAGAUUCACUUAUAGAGACUGUCCGUAACACAAUCUGGGCCAUCAAUCCCUUGGCCUAUCAGGCCUCUGCCUUGACAGAGCCUGACGUUCUGAUAAGGCUGGAGAUUAUAGGCAAGAAGUUGGUGUUGAGUUGCCUGGAUCAUUUCAUGAGAUAUCGCCACUACAACCCCAAGGUGCUGAUUGACUCUGGAGUGGGAGAAGCUGAGGAGGAUGAUGAAACUUGGAUUCCAACUGAAGUGAGGAAAAUGCAGGAGAUGAUUAGAUUGGAGAGAGAGAAAAGGAGAGAGGUAGAAAGGCAGAGAGAGGAGGAGUUGAGGAAAGAAAGGGAAAAGAGACGAGAAGAGCAGGAAGCCAGGAGACGUGAAAGAAUCAAAGAAGAACGAGAAAGAGAGGAAAGGAGGCGUGAAAAGGAAAGAGAGAGGGAAAAGGAGAGGGAGAAAGAGCGACAGAUAAGAUUAGAGAAAAUAAAACAAGCUGAAAAGGAAAAGGAGGAGAGUAAAAAGAAGUUAGAGGAGCAGCAGAAGGAAGAGGGAACUACUAAACCAGAAGAUGGGAAAAGUGGGAAGGAGCAGCAGAAGGAAGAGGGAACUACUAAACAAGAAGAUGGGAAAAGUGGAAAGGAACAGCAAAAGACCGAAGGUGUCAGUAAACCAGAUGCAAAAAAUGAAAGGGUAGAACAAAAAGAAGAGGCCAACAAGAAACCAGAGACCAAAGUUGGAAAACAACCGGAGAAGAAAGAUGUUGCUUUGAAAUCAGAAGAGAUUGCAACUAAAGUGGGAGCAGAGAAUAAGGUACCAGAGAUUAUCACAAAGCCAGCUGAAGUGAAAGUGGCUGAACAAGCACCCGAAAAACGGCCAGCUGAGCAAGCACUCAAGAAACAGUCAGAUGAGCAGAGUGAAGAGGCUUCGGUGCAGGCAAGUCGAUCAUCCGAAGAUGCCCCUCCUACAAAGAAAGCAAAAGUUGAAGAGGCAGAACCAGUGACAGAAGAAGCUGAACAAGAGGAGAAUAUGGAAGAAGCAGAGGCUGCUGAAGAAGAAACCAAAGACAAGAAAACACAGAAAAGAGGAAAAGCAGCCAGGGGUGGGAAAAGAAGAAGCAGCAGGAAGUAG